AUGGGUUUUGUUCAAAGUGUCUGUGACUAUUCUUUGUUUGUUUUGUCUAAAUCAGAUGUUUUUGUUGUCUUACUUGUGUAUGUGGAUGAUAUAGUCAUUACAGGGAAUGAUAAGUCUGCUACUGAAAAUGUUAAGAAUAGUUUGAGAGAAAAUUUUCUUAUUAAAGAUCUUGGAUUGCUUAGAUAUUUCUUAGGCAUUGAAGUUUUAUAUUCUGAUGGUAAUAUUUGUUUGUCUCAGAGAAAAUAUUGUCUUGAGUUGUUGAAUGAAUUUGGCUAUUUGGGUUGUAAACCAGUUACAACACCAAUUGAGCAGAGUUUUUUGGUCACUAAUAAGUGUAAAAAUGAUCAAAAAAUUUUAGAGAAUGUUAAUGGUUUUCAGAGGUUGAUUGGAAAACUGAUAUAUUUAUCAUUAACUAGACCAGAUAUCAGUUAUGAUGUUCAAUUUCUAAGUCAGUUUAUGCACAGUCCGUGUCAGUCUCAUCUUGAUAUUGCUUUACGGUUGUUGAGAUACUUGAAACUAUCUCCUGGAAAAGGGAUUAGUUUUAAGAAAUCUAGUAGUAUGGUGUUGAUUGGAUUUGUUGAUAGUGACUGGGCAAAGUGUCUUAAGACCAGAAGGUCUGUUACAGGAUAUGGUAUUUUUUUAGGAGAAACUCUUAUUUCUUGGAAGAGUAAAAAACAAAAUGUGGUUUCUAGAUCUACUGCGGAAGCUGAGUACAGAGCUAUGUGCUCAGCUACCUGUGAAAUUAUGUGGAUUUUGAAUGUUUUAUCUGAGUUAAAAGUUGUAUGUAGUUUACCUGUUAAGCUGUACUGUGAUAGUAAAUCAGCAAUAUCUAUUUCUCAAAAUCCUGUAUUUCAUGAGCGAACUAAACAUUUUGAGCUGGAUUUACAUUUUUUAAGAGAAAAGAUAGCUGCUGGUAUUGUAGAACCUGAAAAAAUCAGUACAGAUAAGCAGGUUGCAGAUGUCUUUACAAAGGGCUUGAAUGCUGCCCAACAUCAGGCUCUUUGUGAAGAUCUUUGUCUUGAUAACAUGUUUGCCACAUGA